GUCCCUUUUUUUUCCACCUCUUGGCGGCGGUGGCUCGGUGCCGCUGUAACCCCGGUCGGGCACGGUUCUUGCCGAAUUCUGCAAGGUGGAAAAAAAAUAUCACUGUGUGGUGAUUUAAAGCAGAGCGACAGCACUCGUCGAUUCCCCUGUGGCGUUUCUCACGUUGUCCUAAACGCGGCUAUACAAGAGAAGAUGGCGGUGAUGAGCGGGGUGUCGGGGUCGGCGUUAGCCCGGCUAGCGGGCCGAGAGUUCGAGUACUUGAUGAAGAAGAAGUCGGUGACCAUCGGUCGGAACUCCUCGCAGGGUUCGGUGGACGUCAGCAUGGGACACUCGAGCUUCAUCUCCCGGAGGCACCUCGAGAUAUUUACAGCGGGAGAAGACGGUACCGGCGCGGGGGAAUUCUACCUCCGGUGUCUGGGAAAAAACGGGGUGUUUGUGGAUGGAGUGUUCCAGAGAAGAGGUGCUCCCCCGCUCCAGCUUCCACGAAUGUGUUGCCUUCGCUUCCCCAGCACUAAUAUAAAGAUCACAUUCACUGCACUGAAAAUCGAAAUGAGGGAGCAGAGAAAUGCAUCGGAGUCUCCAGUGAAGCCGGUGCAACCUCAGAUUUCCCCGCUGACCAUCAACAUUCCUGACAACAUUGCUCACCUCAUGAGCCCACUGCCUUCUCCGACGGGCACCAUAAGUGCCGCCAACUCUUGUCCGUCCAGUCCACGGGGGGCCGGACUGUCCAGCUACAGGACCUCUCGUGUCCUGACCUCUGACCUCAUUGGAGAUAACUCCCAGCUGGACAACGACAAGGAGGCAUCCGGAGAAGACAGCCCGAAGGACGACUCCAAGCCUCCUUAUUCAUACGCUCAACUGAUUGUUCAAGCUAUCACGAUGGCCCCGGAUAGACAGCUGACACUGAAUGGAAUCUACACCCACAUCACCAAGAACUACCCGUACUACAGGACAGCUGACAAAGGCUGGCAGAACUCCAUCCGUCACAACCUGUCCCUGAACCGGUACUUCAUCAAGGUGGCCCGCUCUCAGGAGGAGCCGGGCAAAGGCUCUUUCUGGAGGAUUGACCCGUCGUCCGAGGGUAAACUAGUGGACCAAGCUUUCAGAAAACGCCGGCCCCGGGGAGUUCCCUGCUUCAGGACCCCUGUGGGGCCGCUCUCCUCCAGGAGCGCUCCUGCCUCUCCCAACCACACGGGGGCGCUGUCAGCUCUCUCCAGUGGGAUCCAGACUCCGGAGAGUCUGUCUAGAGAGGGAUCUCCUAUCCCCAUGGAGCCAGAGCACCCGGCUCCUUCAGUCACCGCCCCGACUACUGUCGCGACCUCAGUCCAGCCCAAGCUGGCCGUCAUCCAGGAAGCCCACUUCCCCCAGAACUCCCCUGGCUCGCCACUUACCAGCCAGCCAGUCCUCAUCGCAGUGCAACGCCAGCUGCCUCAGACCACCAUGAAGCCUGUGACGUACACCAUGGCCACCCCGGCCAUCGUGACCACUGCAGCCUCAGUUAUGCAGAAGCUGCACGUUGUCCACCAAAUUCCUGCCGCCACCAUGGCCCCCAUCGGAGGACUGCACUCCUCCACAGUCAAGCCGGAGCCCCAUGAGAACGGAGGGCAGAAUCACCAGGAGGUGAAGGUCAAAGUGGAGCCGGUCCCGACAAUCUCAGCCUCGUCCCUCACCGGAGUCGGUCGCAUCAUACAGAGCUCACAGUCGGCUCCCCUGACCACCGUCACCAUUGUGCAGCAGGCUCCGCUGGGCCAGCACCAGCUGCCGAUAAAGGCCAUCACACAGAAUGGAACUCAUCUGGUGCCCAUCACCUCUGCAGCCAACAGCGCGGCCACCAACCCCCUCCACAUCCUGGCAGCCCACGCAUCCGCCUCAGCCCUGCUGCCCACCAAGCGGCAGAACGGGGGGGUGCAGGAGGAACCCGAGUCCAAGAAGAUGAAGCAGCUGGAGGAGGACAAAGAGGCCAGCACCAACGGAGACGGAGGAGGACAAGUCAGUCAACUGGUGGGAGACAAGUAGCCCUCCACCACGCUGCCCCUCGCUGCCCUCCACCCACUGUGUACUCUGAGCCCGUCAUCCGACCCGAUCGACUCUUUAGGUGCCAAAAAGAGAAGCGAUGUGGCAACACCUGCACAACAUGGAAUGUUCACACACACAUACACACACAUACACACACACACGCCCCGGUCUUCCUCCCCCGCCCCUCCCCCUUCAUGCAGAGACCAAAACAA